AUGGCAGGAAAUGGAAUUGUUGAAGAUGAAGAAAGCAUCAAAGGUGGCAAUAAAGUUCAGCCUUUUGCCUUUACUCCAACGCCAGGGCAAUUUAAGGAAGGACAAGAGCCAAAAGCCCCUUUAUUAACUAGGGUGUUAGGCCUUGAAGAGCUUUUCUCUUUGGAGGUAUGGAGAGCUUCUUUGGCAGAGGUUCUUGGGAUGGCAGUGCUUGUUUUUGCGUUGGACACAAUAGUUAUCUCCACGUUACAGACCGAAACAAAAACGCCAAACAUUGUAAUGUCAGUCUUAGUUGCCUUUGUUGUUGCAGUUCUCCUCCUUGCUACCUAUCCCAUCUCCCGCGGCCACAUCAACCUGAUUGUUACCUUCGCUGCUUUACUUACCGGUCUCAUUUCACUUUCCCGAGCUGCCAUAUUCAUUUUGGCUCAAUGUGUUGGUGGCAUACUGGGUUCACUGGCUCUCAAAGCCGUGGUUAACAGCGGCAUCCAACGAACAUAUUCACUAGCAGGAUGCACCGUGACUAUUGUUGCACCAGGCCCACAUGGGCCAACUGUGAUAGGCCUGGAGACCAGCCAGGCCCUUUGGCUUGAGAUUAUCUGCUCCUUUGUGUUUCUUUUCGCCUCAGUCUGGAUGGCUUUUGAUCGUCGCCAGGCCAAGGCUGUAGGCCGAGUUGUGAUCUGCGUUAUCUUGGGAAUUGUGUUAGGUCUUCUGGUGUUUAUUUCAACUACAGUUACAGCAACGAAAGGUUAUGGUGGUGCUGGGCUAAACCCAGCAAGAUGUUUGGGUCCAGCAGUUGUUAGAGGGGGUCACCUUUGGAAUGGACACUGGAUAUUUUGGAUUGGCCCAGCUAUUGGAUGUGUAGCUUUUGCUGUAUAUGUUAAAAUGAUUCCAAGUGAGCAUACUCACAGCUACUAACUAAACGAAAAUUUUAACUAUAUGGUUACAGUUAUCAUCGUUGUCAAGUUAAACCUUUGCAAUAAUUUUUGACAAAAUAUGAUGCGCAUGUUAUUUGAGGGGAUUUUUCCUCUGUUUUCCUGCCAUGUUUUGUCUUAUAUUAUAUGUAAUAAUAAGUUGGCGUAAGCACGAUAGAGUCUUUAUGUUUCUUAAAAUUGCAGAAGUAACCAUAUGAUUCAGGUAAUUGUUUACGGUGAUUUGGAUUAUUAGCUGGAAUUGAUUAAUGUUUAAUGUUUAGUGGUAAUAUGGAAUUUCUAGGCAAUUGUUUACGGCGAAUUGGAUUAUUAGCUGGAAUUGAUUAAUGU